AGUCGGGCUUUGAACACCAGAGGCAUGGCUUACUCCAGCACCACCACCUCAUCCAGCUCAUACAGGAGGGCGUUCGGGGGCAACGUGAUGGGGUCCCCACAGCUUGGCCGGGCCGCCUUCUCCAGCGGUCGCUACAGCAGCGGCAGCGGUGGCGGUGGCUCCCGGCUCCUGGUGUCCAAGUCCAGCGCGGUUCCUCUCUUCUCCUCGCUGUCCGGGAUGGGUGUCGGGGGUGGGGGUGGUGGUGGAAGCUACAGGGUGAAGGCUCCCAGCCGCGGCUACGAGGUGGUGGACUUCAACCUGGCAGAUGCCCUGAAUCAGGAGUUCCUGCACACUCGCACCAACGAGAAGGCGGAGAUGCAACACUUGAAUGACCGCUUCGCCAGCUACAUCGAGAAGGUGCGCUUCCUGGAGCAGCAGAACAAGGUGCUGGCAGCCGAGCUGGGCCGUCUCAAGGGGCAGGAGCCCGGGCGCGUCAACGACCUGUUCGAGCAGGAGAUGAGGGAGCUCCGGAGGCAGGUGGACGCGCAGACCAACGAGAAACUCCGGGUGGAGGUGGAGAGAGACAACCUGGCAGACGACCUGCUGAAACUCAAGCAGAGGUUGCAGGAGGAGAUACAACUCAAGGAGGAAGCUGAACAUAACUUGGCAGCAUUCCGCCAGGAUGUGGAUGCAGCCACCCUGGCACGACUGGAAUUGGAGCGCAGGAUCGAGUCUCUCAACGAGGAGAUCGCCUUCCUCAAGAAGGUCCAUGAGGAGGAACUCCACGAGCUCCACGCUCAGCUCCAGGAGCAGCAGGUCCAGGUGGAGAUCGACGUGGCCAAGCCCGACCUCACCGCCGCUCUCCGUGACAUCCGCGCCCAGUACGAGUCCAUCUCCGCCAAGAACGUACAGGAGGCCGAGGAGUGGUACAAGUCCAAGGUUGCGGACCUGAACCAGAGCGCGGUGAAGCACAAUGACGCACUGCGGCAGGCCAAGCAGGAGGCCAUGGAGUUCAGGCACCAGAUACAGACCUACACCUGCGAGAUCGACGCCCUCAAGGGAUCUAACGAGUCGCUGCUGCGGCAGCUGCGUGAGAUGGAGGAGCGUUUUGGGGGCGAGGCGGGGGGCUACGCCGACACCAUUGGCCACCUGGAGGAGGAGAUCAGGCGCCUGAAGGACGAGAUGGCCCGGCACCUGCGGGAAUACCAGGACCUCCUCAACGUCAAGAUGGCCCUGGACGUGGAGAUAGCCACCUACCGCAAGCUGCUGGAGGGCGAGGAGAGCAGGAUCGUGGCUCCUGUACAGUCGUUCUCCAGCCUCAGCUUCAGAGAGACCAGCCCUGAGCAGCAGCCGCGACACGCUGAGGUCCACAGCAAGAAGACGGUGACCAUCAAAACAUACGAGACCCGCGAUGGAGAGCUGAUCAGCGAGUCUUCACAGCAGCAACAGGAGAUGGCUUAAACCUACCACGGAGAUGUACAGAACGUGUGGCCCACCCCUCACCUC